AUGUUAUCCUUUUUGUUCUUUCUCCAGCUCGGUUUUGCAGUUGGCAAUGUAGUUGGAAUGUAUUUGGCCCAGAACUAUGAUGUUCCAAACAUUGCAAAGAAGAUUGAAGACAUCAAGAGAGAUGUAGAAGCUAAGAAGAAGCCUCCAAGUGAUAAAUGAUGCUGAUUUAGGCAUCCUACUCUUCAACAUAGAUGGUGUAUUUUAACCAUCCAGCCAUAGGUGUCAAACCUUUAUUGGGUUUAAUGAAUGCUCCCAUUCAGAAGGCCUUAAAAAGCAUUCAGGCUUAGUGUUAUUAUAUCCAUGUGGCCUCCUUGAACUUGACUUUUUUCCAAAGAAAAAAAUAUCCCAUGCAGUAUAUAUACAAACUGGACUUUUGUUCUCAGUUUAUUGCUUCAGGAAUACUUUACAUUUAGUAAUAACAAGAGUCAGGAACAGAAUGAAGAUAUGCCAUUAAUUAUUCCAAUCUAAAAAAUAUAACUCUACAAAUAUUGGUAUCUAUUUGUAAAACGCUAAACGUCUGAUGAAAAUGCCCAUCUUGUUGCUGAAAUAUGACCUUUCUAUUUGUUUGUUGGGCAUUCCUGCAACAUGUAUAGUCAGCAUGAAUUGAAUGUCAAACAUUGAGCAGUUUAUAGAGGUAUGAUACCCAAUAUGCUUUAUCCAUUGUUUGUAAAAAUCGUAAAGAAAAUUAAAAUUUGAACAACUUAAAUGAAUUGUUCCAAUGUAUCAACAAUAUACUCAUCUUCCAAUUCUUAGUCAGUACUUCAGUUUAUAAUAUUUCUAAGGGGUUACCAUUCUGGUAUAACUAUGAAUUGAUGUAGUCCUGCACUUGCAUUUUGAUGAUGAAAACAUGAAUCAAACUAUGCAAAGUUACUGGCUUGUAUUUUUCCUGUCUUGUAUCUGUUGUAGCCCUUUCUUGAAACAGAAAGAUGCAUCAGUUUAAAGAUGGUAAGAAACCCAAUUCUUCAUAAUAUUUAAGAAGAGGCUGGAUGAUCAUUGCUGAUAGUGCAGGGGUAAGCAUACGUAUUGUAGCCCUCUCCCCCCCAAAUGUUUUUGUACCCUAUUCUGAUUGAUCACUCUAUUAAAUUUUGUUAAUGUAACUGCUGAAAAAUGGCAAUAUGAAUUUAAAAACUAUCCCAAUUUUAUGCCUACUCCUCUACUGAAACCCUUCCUCACCACAAAUAUUAAAGUUUAAGUUUUGGCUUCCUAAGGUUUAAUAAUGGACUAGAUAAUAUGCUUUUGGACAGGUUAACUUGGAACCUAGAAUUCUAGUUUUGUGUCAUAUGCUAAAUGGAUUACCUGUAUAUUUAUAUGAGAAUUACUUGCAUUUAUUGUUUUCUUCAUUUGUUAAAUAGCAAGUUUUGGUACUCAUAGACUUGGGGUUAUAACAGUGCUCCUAUACUCUGUUGAAUACAGCUUUAUGGAUUACCAUGUGCAUUCAAAAAUGUGUGUAUUGUAACAAUAAAUAAAUACUAAACUAUUGUGAUAAAUUUCAGCUUU